UAAGCCCUGAUAAUUGUUGACGACUUGCUUUGCUCUGCUUUGUCGUAGUUCGUAGUUGAGUUCACUAUUGAGCUGUACCUGUAAUGUACUCUGUAAGACACUGCGAAUAAUGUGAAUAUUUUGUACAACGCACGAAUGUUAUAACACUCAUACUCGACACAUGAUGAUGCCUCUUUUUGGCCAUUGAAGGUCGUUAUAAUAGUUUACGUAAAAGUGAGCCAGCGGAACAAUCGACAUAAACAUAAAAAGAAAGCUGUUACUGUUAGUUGACUUUAUACAAGUUUCCGUGCAACGGCAUUUAAAAAUCACUAUGUCUCAACAAGGCAGUCAAGUAACUCUUAGAUCAGAAGAUGAUCCUGGACUGCAAGGAUGCUUCAGCCCCAAAAAAGCCACAUUCAGAUUUAUUGGUCUGACGUUUAUGUGUUUCUUAGGAUUUGGCUCAUACUUCUGUUAUGAUAACCCAGCAGCAUUACAAGACAAAUUUAAAACAGAUUUGGAUAUGCCUGCGAGCAAAUUUGUUUUAUUAUACUCAAUUUAUUCAUGGCCAAACGUGAUCUUAUGUUUUAUUGGAGGUUUUCUUUUGGAUAGUGUAUUUGGUACAAGAUGGGGAACUAUUAUAUACAUGACUUUAACUAUGUGUGGUCAGUUACUCUUUGCCACAGGAGUCUACCUCAAUAUUUUUUGGCUCAUGAUGCUAGGCAGAUUUGUUUUUGGAAUUGGAGCGGAAUCAUUAGCUGUAGCUCAAAACAGUUAUGCGGUGCUAUGGUUUAAAGGCAAAGAGUUAAAUAUGGUAUUUGGAUUACAAUUGAGCUUUGCUAGAGUGGGCUCAACAGUUAAUUUCUUAAUAGUGGGAAGUAUUUAUAAAUAUGUCUCAGAAACUCUGGGAUAUGAUGGUGCCCAGUGCAUUGGAAUCGUUUUAUUCUUCUCUGCUAUGACUUGUAUGGGUUCAAUGAUUUGUGCUCUUUUGCUUGGUUAUAUGGAUAGUCAUGCAGAGAAAGUUUUGAAAAGAAAUGAAGGCCCACAACCUGAAUUGGUAAAACUUACAGAUGUAAAGGACUUUAAAAAUAUCUUCUGGCUGGUUGCUGGGAUUUGCGUAGCUUAUUAUAUAGCUAUAUUUCCAUUUAUUUCACUGGGAAAAUUGUACUUUAUAAGAAAGUAUGAAUUUGAGCCAGAUGCAGCAAAUACAGUGAAUUCACUGGUUUAUAGUAUUUCUGCUAUUGCAUCUCCUCUCUUUGGUAUUUUAGUUGAUAAGAUUGGAAGAAAUGUACUCUGGGUUGCAACAAGCAUCAUUGGUUCUUUAUUUGCCCAUGGACUUCUUGCUUUUACAUAUGUCACUCCUUAUGUCUGUAUGGUUUUGUUGGGAAUUUCAUAUUCAAUGCUUGCGAGCAGCCUCUGGCCACUGAUUGCACUUGUAAUCCCUGAGCACCAACUAGGAACUGCUUAUGGAAUUGCUCAAUCACUUCAAAAUUUGGGUUUGGCAGUGAUGUCUAUACUUUGUGGAAUUAUAGUUGACAAUCAUGGUUACUUUAUGCUUGAAUUAUUCUUCCUUGCUUGGUUAUGGAUAUCUCUGGUGACUGCUGUAGCGAUCUGGAUAUCGGAUUCAAACUCAACUGGUGGCUAUUUGAACAUGUCUCCAAAGCAGAGAGAACAUUACCAGAUGCUUCCUGGUGCACGAGAAGUGUCGGAAAGAGAGAAAUUAUUGACAGAAGGAGCUGGCUCAGUCUCAGAUCUAUCAGGAGAUGAUUUAAUUCAACCUCAGUCGGACGCACAAAUGAGAAGUGAGCAUAUAGCACGAGUUGGUGCGGAGAUAUCGGAUGAUGAUGAUUUUGACGCGUGACAGAUGUACCAAUUUAGGAUGUGAAUUUUUAAUUGGAAAUCUGACGUAUUUCAGACUCCGUUAUACGCUAAGGGCACAACUUAUCUCGCUCCGCGAUGAUAGGUUUUAUUUUUUUAAAGUACUAAUAGAUAAUUUUUAAUGAACAUCUUUGAAUUAGAGCUGAAGGAUGUCUGAGCCGCAUUUUAUUAUGUAAUUUUAAGUCUGUGUUUGCAGUGUACCUGAAUAUCGAUUGUUCUGUUGAUGAAUCUACAUGCAUUUGGCAUGACAAAAUAAUAGCUUCUUAUCUGUCUUUUUGCAAGCUCAUGCUUUUACAAUACAAUAUAAGACCAUUGAACGUCAACUAAGUGUUGCUCAAUUACCGAAAAAAUUUUUACCAUGAAAAUGUAAUCGUCAAUAAAAGAAUCUUAAGAAAUGUUGGAUAAUUUUUCAAGGAUGAUGUUGAACAUCUAGAAAAAAAAUUUGUUCAUUCUGUCUUCCUACCGCACAGCAUAUGUGUAUCUGUGAUGUAUCAUUAGUUUGAAUUGAAAAGAUAAGUUAUAAUGACGUUGGUGCUUCUGGCCAAAGCAUAUAUAGACAAUUUUAGCGAAUAAAGAUUUAUCAAAGAUCUGGAUCUAGAAAAGGAUAAAAGGAUUCCUAUCCUUUUGUUUUUUGUAUUCAGUUAUUGUACACGAUAUUUUAUAUAUGAACUACAAUUUACAGUAGCAAAGUUGUUUUUAGCCAUUGUUUUCAAUUAAAACUAUGGAUAUUUUAGUUAUGUUAAAGAUGUAUGCCAAGAACAUUGAAACAAUACUCAAAAAAUACGUUUUAUCAACUGGGAAACCAAUUAAAGUUUUGAUAAUUCAUUCAAUAAUAUGAAGCAUAAUAAGAUAUUAUAAGUUAUUAUCUAAUGUCUAAUAUAGAUCAUGAAUCUUGUUGAUGAGAAUUUAAUUAAAACAUAUCAA